AUGGAAGUUGCAAAGGCUGAAACACCAACACCAUCGACGUUCUUCGAAGCUGCCACUAAAAAGAGAAAAGCGACGGAAGAACUGGACGCCGAUCAUGAUGCAAGGCUGCGAUGGAAAUUUGCUAAGGAGCUGAGGCUCUGUGACGCUUGGUACAUGAAAAGGCUCAACGGCAGUGAUGUUAGCAAAAGCCGGAAAAAUCUGGCGGUGAGCAAGAGCUGGGUGGUUGAGCAGGUCUUGCCUUUCUUCGCCGCUAGCGCUGCCGCGAGAGUCGAGCGUGGUGAGAGUGAGAGAGUUAUUGUUCACGACUGUGAGCAAGACUCACUCCAUGUGUUGUAUUUGAAGAAGCUGAAAACGGGGAGGUUCGUCUUUGUUGGGAGGUGGAAAGAUGACUUUGUGAUUAGGAGAAAUUUGAAGAAGGGCGAUGAAAUUGGUCUGUGUUGGCACGGAGACAAAUCCAUGUUCAGUUUUACUGCUUUUUAUCGGAACUAG